UUUAAUAGUUAGCUUUAAUGCUAAGCUAGGUAGCUUUUCAUUCAUAACAGUGUGUGUGAAAAUGGAGGACGUCGGUGUGCUGGACGUUUAAGCCUGCUAGCCAUCUUUUUCUUUUUAUUAUAUAUGAGCCGUCGGCCUUCAGAGGUCGGGGGGGAGUAACGCUAAGCUAACCCCCCUGCUUGUGUUUAGUGGUUAGCAUUAGCAUUAGCAGGCUAACUAGCUUUAGCCUCCACAGAUGCGUGUUUCACGCCGCUGAGGAUGUUGAUGUGCUCCUGUGAAAAAGUGGAUUUUAACGUCACCUCCCGCACCGUCGCUCGGCUCGUUUUCGAGGCCGAGCAAGGUAACAGGAGCGGAGGGAACUCAUCCAAUGGGAGUACGGCCAGUAACUCUCCACGCAGCACCCCCGGCAGCUCUCCCUCCCUGCGGCGCAGGGUCCUCGGGGGUGGCAGGGCCAGUGAGAGCGAGGGAGGAGGAGAGAAGGGCAGCGUCGGAGGAGGUGGAGGAGGUGGAGGUGGAGGAGGAGGAGGAGGAGGAGGAGGUGGAGGAGGAGGUUCAGAUAGCCCCCUGCCCUCCAUACCCUCCGCCUCAUCCCUCACAUCCGCUUACCCGCUUGCAACUCGACACUUCAGCCGCAAUGCCAAGAAAAUGCAGAGCUGGUACAAUGUUCUCAGUCCUACGUACAAACAGCGGAACGAGGAUUUUCGUAAACUCUUUAAGAAACUUCCUGACACAGAGCGACUUAUAGUGGACUACUCUUGCGCUCUGCAGAAGGACAUUCUGCUUCAGGGCCGCCUUUAUCUGUCAGAGAAUUGGCUCUGUUUCUACAGUAACAUCUUCCGCUGGGAAACCACUAUCACUAUCCUGCUGAAAGACGUGACCUCUAUGACCAAGGAGAAGACUGCCAAGCUCAUCCCAAACGCCAUCCAGAUCAGCACUGACAAUGAGAAGCACUUCUUCACAUCUUUCGGAGCAAGGGAUCGCAGCUUCAUGAUGAUUUUCCGUCUGUGGCAGAACGCCCUGUUAGACAAGUCUCUCUCCCCGAAAGAGCUCUGGCACAUCGUACACCAGUGUUACGGCACUGAGCUGGGCCUCACCAGUGAAGACGAUGACUAUGUCUCCCCCACCACCGAACACAUGAACGGCCUUCUGCCAGGAGACGAGUCCGUGUCGGUUACGGAUCUACUAGACCUGAGCUCAGUGUCGGUCACCUCUACGGGCAGCUCCCCCCUUCCCCUGGUGCCCUGUGGUCUAGCAGGCCCUCCCUCAGCUACUCACCUCGGGGGCUCCUCUCCCCCUCCCUCCGCCUCCUGUCUGCCCAUAGAGGUGCCUUCGUCGUCUGGACGAAGACACAGCUCUGACCCCCUCGAACCCAGUCCGCUCAGCUCCCACAGCUCGCUGCUGUCCACCACUCCCACCAACGCCUCUGCCUCUGCCCCGGCCUCUGCUGCUGCCUCUUUUAAUCUGGAAGAGGGAGUGGACAGCCUGUCCGAGUCGGCCAAUUACAUGCUGCCCCCUCCAACCACCAGUCUGGGAAACCUCUCCUCAUUGGACAUAACCAACGAUGAGGAACUGCCCACGGACCCCAGCAACUCCUCUGACACGCAAGAAGAGAGUGAGGUGGAGUCGUUCUGUGCUGACCUGAACGGGCGACUGCACAUGAACAACGCGAUCCGCAUGAGUGUGGACAAACUGCACGACCUGCUCUUCUCUGCGGACACAAACUUCAUCCAGCACCUCUUCUCCCAGAGACACUUUACUGACCUUUCGGUGGGUGAGUGGCAGCAGGACAUCAGCAGUGGGACUACCAGUCGUGUGCUUAGCUACACCAUCGCCCUCAACAACCCCCUCGGCCCCAAAACUGCCCCUGUGGUGGAGACGCAGACGUUGCAUAAAAGCAGCGCCCGGGGAGAGUGCUUCGUGGUGGACUCGGAGGUCAUCACCUCGGGCAUCCCCUACCAGGACUACUUCUACACUGUCCACAGAUACUGCCUCACCUCCAUCAACAAGCACAAGAGUCGACUCCGAGUGUCAUCAGACAUCUGCUACAGGAAGCAGCCGUGGAGCCUGGUGAAAGCAUUGAUUGAAAAGAACACCUGGAGCGGCAUUGAGGAGUACUUCAGACACAUGGAGAGCGAGGUGUGCAAGCUGGAGACGCUAAUGCAGACUGAGGUUACCGUUGUAACCACGGGCGACGCAGUGGGGGCAGACGCCGCCAAGACUCCUCCGGCCCUGCGCCGCCGGAAACGCACCUGUUCUCGACGGCAGGGCGAGAAGGAGAGAGAGAGGGAGGGAGGAGGCUUGGGCUCCGGAGACCGAGGGGACAGAGGAGUCGGAGAGGACAGAGACAGGAGAGAAGCCAGUGCUCAGUAUAUUAAGCUGGGGGAGCGUUCCAGAGGAGGACCCAACAGUAUAUCCACCAUCCUCCUCAUCGUCAGCUUCAUUCUGGUGGUGCUGGUUGCUCUCAACAUGCUGCUCUUCUACAAGCUGUACGCUCUGGAAAGAGCGGCCCAUACACUGGAGACAUGGCACUCCUAUUCUGUUGCUGACAGUCCUUUACCCCAGACAGCUGGAGAGUGGGCUCAGGUCUUGCAGCUUCAGAGGCAGUUCCAUCAGGCUCAGCUCAGCAAGUGGCAGCAGAUCCUGCAGUCCUCCGUCACGCUGCUGGACCAGAUGAAGCAGUCUUUAGAAAAGCUCCACCGGGGCAUCGUGGUCCCAGAGGUGCAGCGGGAUCCCCCGGAUGAUGAUACCCCGUCAGAGUCCCUGACAGGGGCCUGAGUCGUCGCCCCCCCCCCCCCCUUCCUCCCUCCCUGACUGUCUCCCACUUCUGACCACACACCCUGGUGGACUGAUGGAGUUGGAAAGAGAGAGGCUGGUCGACUCGGAUCGUCACACACAGUUUGCUCUUUCCCUCGUUUCCAAAAAUCGAGAAAAAAAAUCAGGAGUGGGACAUGCAGUGGGGGGAGGACAUUACCCACAAUUCUCCUCGCCUGACUGACUUGAAAACGGCGACGUUCGCCUUCAUCCUCAACCAGUAGCAACUUCAGUGAACUCAUUCAGCCUGGAAGCUGUCAGGACCACAGCAAUAACUUACCUACAGCUGCGAGUCACCUGUAUGUAGAGAAUGGCAACAGGCCACUGGUGGGCCGAUGCAGACCAUCCAGAAUCAGAGACUUUUCAAAAUGGCCUCCCGGGUUGACCCGAAUAACUCCCCCCCCUCCUCCCAUUUUAUGACUAUCACAGACUUCAGUUCCUCCUCUGACCUGCAACAUUUCAUAGGGAGCAGUGACUCUGGAAAGUGGGAGGUCCUCCUCCUAGUCCUGGGAACAGCUAGAUACCUUUUGCCUCUAUAGUGAACGCCUGCUGAAUCAAAAGAAAAAAAGGGGGGGGGGUGGCGGGGGGCACCACCACUACCACCUGCUGUGUGGAUGUGACCCACACAAACACCCAGAAACACCCGCUCUUUCCGUCAGGGAUUUGUUCCUCCGUGUCCGAGGGUGAGAAAACAUUUCCACACCAGACACUUUAGUCUUUUAGCUUUAUUUUUAGAUGUAAAUUAUACAUCUGAAGAUGAAUCUCAAACACCAUCCCACUCCUCCCACUCCUCUGGUGGGGUUUUUAAAUUUUUUGUUUUUCAGCGUGCGCCGGGUUGUUCGUUCGGACAACAAGCUGCGCCUGACUGGACUGACAGUAUUUAUUAUCACCAAUGACUUUUGAUCUGAAGCCCUGUCCUGCUCUGAAGGAGUCGUUUCGGGGUAUUUUUGUGCUCUGAUUUUUGCUGUUACGGUGCGGACCAAGAGGAGCAAGAACGAGAACGAUUACUGGUCACAGCAAUAAUGACAAUAGUGAUGCUAGUACUUUUUGAAUGUUUCAAACAAAGUAGUAUAUAAUAAUAAUAAUAAUGAUAAAUUGUGUGUGAAUGUGUGUAGAGGCAGAAACAAAAACAAGCAUUGAGGAUUUUGACUUGACUGAUGUGUGUGUGUGAGUGUGUGUGUGUGUGUGUGUGUGUGUGUGUUCACGAGGAGUCCACAGUGUUUCAGAUGUUACAUUUUCAUAUUAGCGUUUCUUGAGUUUUGAGAUUUCUCUUUCACAUUUGGUUGCUCGCUCUUUUUUUUUAAUCACGGAGUCGGAUUUUUAACAGUUCAGGAUUCACCGUUGACUUGAUCAGGUGGGAAAACCUAAACAGUCGGCUACUUCGUCGUCCCACUGGGCCGGACGUUUGAAAAACAAAAAGGACCAACCAGAAUUCUGUGGGCCCAGGUGAAGAAAAAAGGGAAUCUGUUUUUGCAGUAUUGUUUUGUUUUUUUGUUUGUGUGUGUUUGUAAGAUUAAUUUGACUCACUCGUCUUCUCUUUUUAUUCAAAUUCAUUUUCUAUCUUUGUUAUUUUGUCGUUUAUUUUUCAGCCUGUCCUCUCCGAUGAUGUGAAAACAUCUCACCCCAUCUGUACUCCCUCUUUGUUCUUCUUCUUUUUCUCAUCACUCAGACACCCUACUCUUCCUCCCUUUGCUCCUCCCCUUCACCCUCUCUCUCUGUUUCACUGAAAAUGGCGUCUACAGAAGCAUGUGGGCCACGCUGUGCAUGGCCAUCCGCGGGUAACAAAAUGGUGUAAUAUUUAUUGAGGGAGGGAGGGGAGGGUGGGGGUAGAUUAUGGGAGAGAGAGAGAGAGAGACAGAGAGAGAGAGACGGAUGAGAAGCGGGGAUGAUAAUGUACUGUAAAGAUGUGAUUGCACACCGCUCCAUGGAGAGAAAUGAAAAGUUCUACAACAACAAGCAACGACUCCUCGCUCAUCUUUUGAAUCUGUGUGUGUCUUUACCUCCAAAAGAUGUGGGUCAAAUUUAUGCAGUGGAUUAUGUUAUUGUCCGUAUUGAUUAAUCUGAUCAAAAUAGGUCUGGGAAUAGUAAAAUAAAAUGUCCAUCACAGUAUCCAAGAGCCCAAUUUGACAUAUUUAAACUGCUCGUUUUGUCCAUCAAGCAGUCUUACAGUUUUAUGUAAGAGAGAAGAAAGAAAAACAAAUAUCCACAUUUG